AUGCGAAUAACUGUUUAUCUAACAAUUCAAGGCUCAUCGACUGGCAUAGGUAUCUAUCAAGGUUGCAUUCGUUCACAACAAUUGUCGGCGAAAGAAUUUCUCAUUGCCGAUGGUCGAAUGGGAAUAUUACCAACAGCAAUGAGCUUAUUGGCGAGUUUACGAUCUGCGAUAAGUUUACUUGGAAUUCCUGUGGAGUACUAUCAAUAUGGAACCAUGAGAUUUUAUGAUAGUAAGUAG